CUCAUAAUUCAUAUCUGAUAAGCCUAAAUGGCAUAUUUGCCACUAGUGCUAUUUUUAAAUGAUUUAUAAAAUUAUGUUUGUAAUAGUUUUGAUUGUUACUAGAUUAGCACUCUUAAGCGAUUCCCAGUACAACCAAUAAGUUACUAUGAGUCACAAUAAACACUAUUGACUGAUACUUUCACCUCUUUACAUCCCUAGUGAUAUUAUACAGAUAUUAAUACCUCUUUAAGUUCACCCAAUCUCAAAACAUCAACUUAGUUUACUUCAAGUUCUUCAAGAAUGUAGGAGCAACUAUAACUGCUAGUAGUAAAAUACUUUCUGAAAACUCGAGUAUUGCCUUCAGAAGUAAGUAAAAGUAACCAGAUGAAACCAUAUGGAUCAUUUAUUGUUAUACCUUGCAUAUAUCCAAAAAUAAGCUCAUCAAAUUGCAAAACAGGAACAGUUUUUAAUGCCUCGGGUUCGAAUCUUGCUGUAGCCUUCUUUUUAUGCCACAUUUUUGGAAAUAAUCCGUUUAUAUUAAUCCUCAAACAAUUUUUGCUUUCAUUUUUUUAGCAACUACGAUGAAUAAAUGGGUGGCUUUCUCUUAUCACAUCUUGAGUUCGGUUUGGUAGAAUUCCCAUAGCUAAUCUAUGUCCAUU